GGGUCUAUGGAAAUUGCUCCUUUCUGCAGCCAUCGCCUUUCGGCCAAUAUAUGAACUGCAGUGUGUGGCACUUCCGUAUUGGCUUCCCGGCUCUACCCCACAGUUUGCCGCUUGGUGAAAACGCAAUCAUUCAUCAACGCAGGAAUCAUGGAGGACACCGACUAUGUCAAACAAUUAAAUGAACCUGCACGCCGCAGAUAUCGUGAAAAAAUCACAGCACACAUCAAACAACAAAUGUCGCCUUGUUUUUGCCCGGGUCAACCAUUCCCAGAGGUCUGGAGAAACACCAUUAAAAACGUGGAUUGUAGCUAAAGAAGAUGGAGAGGUUGUUACAGCACACUGUAACUGUAUGGCUGGUUUGUCAGAAUCCUGCUCACAUGUUGGAGCAGUUCUGUUUGCAAUCGAAGCAGGUGUGAAGAUGAGAGAGACUGCAUCCUGCACCACUGAGAAGUGCAAGUGGCUAAUGCCAUCACAUGUCAAAAAGAUUCCUGCUGCUCCAGUUGCGAUGAUAGACUUUUCAUCCGCAAAAUCCAAAAAGCAAAAACUGGAUGAUGCCAUUGCUGGAAGGACAGUCAGGUAUGGAUGCAAAUACGAGGCAACUGCCCGAAAGCAGUAUGAAGGAGUACAAAGUCUGCACCACCAGGGUUUCAGCUGUAAAGACAGCAGGCUUUGGCUGAACCCUCAAUGGCCAUACAUGGGAGCGUCGCCAGACGGAUGUGUCACGUGCACCUGCCAUGGAACUGGUAUCUGUGAGAUAAAGUGCCCACACAGCAAACAAGAGGAGGCCAAUCUUCGCCUGUGUGCUGGAGAACAGGGCUUCUGUCUCGUCAACGAUGGGGGCACUGUGAAGCUGGACAGGAGACAUGCCUACUACCAUCAAAUACAGGCUCAGCUCCACCUCGUUGAUGUUGACUACUGCGACUUUGUUGUCUGGACUAAAAAGGACCUAUUUGUAGAGAGAAUUGUGCGUGAUGUGGACCUGUGGGACAACAUAAUUCCCAGAGUUGAGCGUUUCUUCAGACUAUGUGUUCUCCCUGAAGUGUUGGGACAGCAACUUACAAGGGGAAAGUUUCAGUUGCAAGAUUAUCAGGAGGGAGAGAAGGCGUGAUUACCAGCACCUGUGGUCUGUCCUGGUCCCGGAAGUUGUGGUUCUCUCCUUGUUGCAUUAUUAUUUGCACAGUGGCAGCUCUUUAACCUGCAUUACAGCACCUUCAUAUUCACUGACCACACUCACUAGAGGAAGUAGGGCUGUGUGAUAUAUUGCUAUUGUAAAAAAGAUGUUUACUGAAAAGAUUAAAUGAUACUAAGACUGAAUAAUA